AUGGCGUUGGAUCUUGGAUUCAUCGUUCUGAUCAUUUUCGGGCCAGGUAUUGGGAAUAUGGGGUUCCACAUGGCCGGGAACGUGCGCAGGAAAAUGUCAUCUUCUGCGACACUGCAUAUUUUUGAUGUCAACAUUGAAGCCUGUAGAAGAUUUCAAUCUACUUUUGAGCGCCACGGGCAUAUCGACAUCGCCAGAUCAUCCAAAGAUGUGGCCGAGCAAUCGGCAAUACUCAUAUCAAUGGUCCCAAUGGACCAGCAUGCACAGUCGGUAUAUCUCGAUCCAGACGUUGGUGUCAUUGCCGCUUCCAAGCGCCCGGAUCGCCUGAUAUUGGAGUGUAGCACCAUCAAUAUCACUACCGCACAAGGUAUUGGUCAACGAAUUAUGAAUGCCGACGUCGGCCAGUAUAUUGAUUCACCGGUCUCCGGAGGCGUGCGUGGAGCUGAAGCUGGGACUCUAUCGUUCUUCUUAGGACAUAUUGCCGGUACCGAUUCUAUCACACAAAAUGCCCGUGAAACAGUCUCUUGGAUGGGCUCCGCGGACCGAAUUAACUUUUGCGGACGCUUGGGUGAUGGUCUGGUGUGUAAGAUCGUGAACAACUACAUCGGGCUCACUAAUCUAGUUGUGGCAGCCGAAGGCCUGGCAUUUGGACUGAAGCAUGGCGUCGAAAAGCACACACUAUACAAGUGCAUCAAAGGCUCCAGUGGUGACUCGUGGGCAUUGAAUUUUGCCAACCCAGUGCCGGGGAUUGUUCCCGAAAGUGCUUCCAGCCAUGGUUUCAAGGCUGGAUUCACUUCAAAAUUAUGUGCGAAAGAUAUUAAGCUGGGUAUUAAGGCAGCACAGCAAGUUGGUCUUGAUCCAAAAAUGGGUGAAGUAUCCGUAAAAUACUAUGAAAGAGCGGACGAAGAUCCAAGAACAGCGGUGAGUCUCUCCAGACAUAUGCUAUUGACCAGAAAAAAUAUUACAAAGCUAACGAUGGGAUGUGCCAGGGUCUUGACUGCUCUUCUAUAUGGCUACAUAUCAAUGACGACGCAUUGA